UCCACUGCCGAGGCUUAGGGUUCUUCCGCCAAUGGCUAUCUUGUUCACAAUUGGCGACAAGGACGUCAGCGUGGAGCAAGCCAUGGAAUUCCUAGGCUCUGUUCCACUGCUCCAGCAGCUCCCUGCCGGAUUGAUCAAGAAAAUCGCUCACGCUCUCAAGCCAAUGCGUUUUGCUCCUGGUGAGACGCUGGUGAGAGAAGGCGAGGCGGGAGAAGGAUUUUACAUUGUCUGGAAAGGAGAGGCUGAAGUCGCUGGUGUGAGCAACACUUUGAUAUUAAAACCAGGAGACUACUUUGGAAGUGUUUGUCCGGAACAUCUCCAAGAGAUCCACAAGGCUGAUGUUGUUGCUGUUGAUGAGGUGAUAUGCUUAGUGCUCACACAUGAACACCAUGCCUUGGUGUCUUCGGACUCUAUAUGGACUGACAAUCAAAGAAAGGAUGUGGCUACGGUGGAGAGAGUUCUUGAGCUGGACAAGCUGGAUGUUGACUUGUAUCGUGGUCUUACUGCGUAUCCCUCUGAAACUGGGCGUGUCUUUGGUGGACAACUUAUUGGCCAGGCUUUGGCAGCCGCUUGUAAAUCCGUGGAUCCUUCCCUUCUUGUGCACAGUCUGCACUCUAAUUUCCUCGUGGCUGGAGAUGAAGCUCUGCCUAUAAUGUACCAAGUGGAAAGAGUACGAGAUGGCCACAGGUUUGCAACAAGGUGCGUCAGAGCAAUGCAAAGAGGACAAGAGAUUUUCAGGCUGACUGCCUCCUUCCAGAGAUUAGAGAAAAGUUUGGAGCACCAACGAGACAUGCCUGAAGCACCUCGACCCGAGGAUGUUUUGCCUAGAGAAGUUCUUGAGCAAAGAUACCGAGUAGACGCCCGAAUUCCCUUGCGUAUAAAGAAGAAGCUUGCAGCGGCUCCACAUCUACAAUAUCCCAUGGAAGUGCGACUUUGUGAUCCAGUCGAUCUUGUAAAUCCUACUCAACUUGAACCGAGGCAGCGAGUGUGGCUAAAAGCACGUCAAAAACUCUCAGACGAUCAAUCCCUUCACUGUUGUGUUGCUGCUUAUGCUUCUGACUCUCAAUUCAUUGGGACGGCUCUGAGACCUUUGAGAACAUCAUCAGGGCAGAGAUUUAGAAUUUUGAGCUUAGACCACUCGAUGUGGUUCCAUCAACCUUUCAGAGCAGAUGAAUGGCUAUUAUUUGUGAUGGAAAGUCCUUUUGCUGGUAAUGGACGUGGCUUUGCAACUGGACAUAUGUACACUCAAUCUGGCGAACUUGUUAUUUCAGUUGCACAAGAAGGGGUCUUUGGACCAUAUAAGAGAUCAAAGUUGUAAUGGAAGCAAUAAUAUUCAUCGUUUAUUUAAUAUAAAUGAAAAAGGAGAAAAUCUCAGGUUAUUUUG